CCCAAAAUCUGGCACUGACCUGUGGUAGUAUAUACCUAUUCGGUGAUCUGUGGUCUUACAAUGAUUUCAUUGAGAGUUAUCUUUUUCAUCUUUAACCGUCAUUGCAUCAUCGUCUAGUGACAAUGAGCAGAUUGUUUAUCUACCUCUAGUAUAAAUAACGUGCAGGUGAGGGUACCUACUUACGACUAUCAGUCAGUGGACUCUUUGGCACAGUUUACACCGGUUUGUAUAGGAACUGUGAUAUUUUUUCGACUAAAUUGUUGGUAGAAUCUAUUCUAAAGAAUGGCACCAGCUUAUAAGUUGACUUAUUUUAAUCUUACGGGACUCGGAGAAGUGAUAAGGUUCCUUUUUCACUACGGAGGAAUUGAAUUCGAAGAUGUACGAAUUGAAGAAUUUACGGAAUGGCCUGCGAUAAAAUCCAAAAUGCCAUUUGGACAGAUACCCAUCUUGGAAUACAAUGGCAAAACCUAUUACCAAUGUAGAGCUAUUGCAAGAUACCUAGCAAAACAAGUGAAAUUGGUUGGAAAGGAUGAUUUGGAAAACUUGGAAAUCGAUCAAACUGCUGAUGUUGUAUCCGAUCUAUUCCAAAAAACUGUCGAUUACUAUUAUGAACCAGAUGAAAAAGUUAAAAAGAAUAAAGAGGGCCCCACCCUAGACGAAUUGUUGCCUUUUUAUAUUGGAAAACUCGAAAAACAGAUACAAGAUAAUAAUGGCUAUUUAGUUGGUGGGCAUUUGACUUGGGCUGAUCUACAUCUAGUGGGUGCUAGUGAGUAUAUCAGUUUUAUGUCAGGCAAAGACAUUGUAGCUAACACUACAUAUAUCAAAGCUCUCAAACAGAAAGUUCAUGGUCUACCUGGCAUCAGAGAGUAUAUCUCAAAACGACCAAAUGUUGCCUGAGCAUCUGAUAUUGACAUAUUGAUAUUGCAUGUUUCUUGGAAUGUUGAAAAAAGGGAAACUGAUUGGGAGGAACACUUGAAUAAAUAUUACACAAUCUCA